AGAAAUCUUGUUAGUUGCAGCUAUGUCAGGAAGAGGCAAAGGCGGUAAAGGGCUCGGAAAAGGAGGCGCCAAGCGUCACCGUAAGGUUUUGCGCGAUAACAUCCAGGGAAUCACCAAACCCGCCAUCCGUCGUCUCGCUCGCCGUGGCGGUGUUAAGCGUAUCUCCGGUCUGAUCUACGAGGAGACCCGCGGAGUGUUGAAGGUGUUUCUGGAGAACGUGAUCCGCGAUGCCGUCACCUACACCGAGCACGCCAAGAGAAAGACCGUGACCGCCAUGGAUGUUGUGUACGCGCUGAAGCGACAGGGACGAACCCUGUACGGCUUUGGAGGUUAAAAACCUAAAAUCAAGAAAAACUACUCAAACCCAACGGCUCUUUUAAGAGCCACCCACUCUGUCACAUAAAGAGUCCGACGUUUUAACCGUGUCGACCGCACGUGUCACUAUAAAAAGACUUGUUUUCUGAAUCCAGCAUGAA